AGGAGCCGGAAGAAGACUCCGAAGACCGGAAGCGCUUCUUUGUGCGUCGAGAAAAACAUUCCCCCGCGUGCUUCACUCGUCAACAACAAGGAGACCAACACGGUUGAGGGGAUCAACAUGGCUCACAUCACUAUUAACCAGUAUCUACAACAGGUGUAUGAGGCACUAGAUAACCACGAGGGCUCCUUCUGUGCUGAGCUGCUGUCCUUCAAACACCCCCAUGUGGCCAACCCCCGACUACAGCUGCCCAAUCCUGAGGACAAGUGCCAGCAGGUCCUCGAGCCGCCGUACGACGAGAUGGUGGCCGCGCACCUGAGGUGUACGUCCGCGGCAGCCAACCACGACUUCAUAGAGGCCUACAAGUUCCAGACCCUUGUCGUCCAGUCCUUCCUGAAGGCCUUUCAGGCUCACAAAGAAGAGAACUGGGCUCUUCCACUGAUGUUUUCAGUGACUCUGGAUCUCACAAUCUUCGCCAACAAUGCAGAGCAGCAGCUGCUGAAGAAGGGCAAAGGUCAACCGGGGGACAUGUUGGAGAAGGCAGCAGAGCAGCUGAUGAGCUGCUUCAGAGUGUGUGCUAGUGACAACCGAGCCGGUCUUGACGACUCUAAGAAGUGGGGCAUGUUGUUCUUGAUAAACCAACUCUUCAAGAUCUACUUCAAGAUCAAUAAGCUCCACCUCUGUAAGCCUCUGAUCAGAGCCAUCGACAGCUCCACCCUGAAGGAUGAGUACAGCAUGGCCCAACGAGUGACCUACAAGUACUACGUAGGGCGCAAGGCCAUGUUCGACAGCGACUUCAAACCAGCGGAGGAGUGCCUCUCCUUCUCCUUCCAGCACUGCCAUCGCUCGAGUCAGAAGAACAAGAGGAUGAUUCUCAUCUACCUCCUCCCUGUUAAGAUGCUGCUGGGCCACAUGCCGACGCUCCAGCUGCUCAGGAAGUACGACCUCAUGCAGUUUGCAGACGUCACCAAAGCUGUCAGGGAGGGGAACCUGCUGCUGCUCACCGAGGCGUUGGCGAGACACGAGACGUUCUUCAUCCGCUGCGGAAUCUUCCUCAUCCUCGAGAAACUGAAGAUCAUCACCUACCGCAACCUCUUCAAGACUGUUUACCAGCUGCUGAGGAGCCAUCAGUUGCCGCUGGAAGCCUUCCUCGUCUGUCUGAGGAUGAUGAAGGUGGACGGGCUGGACCUCGACGAAGUGCAGUGUCUCCUGGCCAACCUGAUCUACAUGGGUCAUAUCAAAGGCUACAUCUCUCAUCAGCACCAGAAGCUGGUGGUCAGUAAGCAGAACCCCUUCCCCCCGCUGUCCUCGGUGUCGUAGGGUCCGACCCCCCAGGACCCUCAAGGCCGCCCACCCCCAGACCUGGAAUCGUUCUUUGUACUGUUGACUGUGAAUAAAGGUUUGAACCGCU